AGUUGCCACGUGAGUUAUCUGGCCGCUGCUGCAACACACCAGGUGGACAGCAUGUCCGCUACGGUGGCGGCUCGUAAGCGCGGAAAGCCGAUCUCGGCGGCUGGGGUCGGUGUAGGUGCCGGCAAGCGGCGGCGAAAGGCUGAGUCUGCGGGGGACAGGGGCAAACCCAAGGUUGGCGGCAAGAUGAAUGAGGAGAUCUCCAGUGACUCUGAGAGUGAGAGCUUAGCUCCAAGGAGGCCUGAGGAGGAAGAGGAGGAAGAGCUGGAGGAGACUGCACAGGAAAAGAAGCUGCGCUUGGCCAAGCUUUACUUGGAACAGCUCCGGCAGCAAGAGGAGGAGAAGGCCGAGGCCCGAGCCUUUGAGGAGGACCAGGUGGCAGGGCGCCUGAAGGAGGAUGUGCUUGAGCAGAGAGGCAGGCUGCAGAAGUCCGUGGCAAAGGAGAUCCAGGUCCCCACUCCAGGUGACAUUCGAGUUUUACGGGGCCACCAGCUCUCCAUCACAUGUUUGGUCAUCACUCCAGAUGACUUGGCGAUCUUCUCUGCCGCCAAAGACUGCACCAUCAUUAAAUGGAGUAUGGAGAGUGGACGGAAGCUGCAUGUGAUUCCUCGAGCCAAGAAAAGUGCUGAGGGACAGCCCCCUGGCCACAGCAGCCACAUCCUCUGCAUGGCCAUCUCCUCUGAUGGCAAGUACCUUGCCUCGGGUGACCGCAGUAAGCUCAUUCUCAUUUGGGAGGCCCAGAGCUGCAGGCAUCUGUACACCUUCACUGGGCACCGGGACGCUGUGUCGGGGCUAGCAUUCCGCAGAGGCACCCACCAGCUCUACAGCACAUCCCAUGACCGCUCUGUGAAGGUGUGGAAUGUGGCGGAGAAUGCCUAUGUGGAGACACUCUUCGGGCACCAGGAUGCUGUGGCUGCACUGGAUGCCCUGAGUCGGGAGUGCUGUGUGACAGCCGGAGGCCGGGAUGGGACUGUGCGUGUGUGGAAGAUCCCUGAAGAGUCCCAGCUUGUUUUCUAUGGCCACCAGGGCUCCAUUGACUGCAUCCAUCUAAUCAAUGAGGAACACAUGGUGUCAGGUGCAGAUGAUGGAUCCGUGGCCUUGUGGGGCCUCUCCAAGAAGCGGCCACUUGCCUUGCAGCGUGAAGCUCAUGGGCUGCAUGGGGAGCCAGGUCUGGAGCAACCCUUCUGGGUAUCGUCAGUGGCAGCCCUACUCAACACAGACCUUGUGGCCACAGGCUCCCACAGCUCUUGCGUGCGGCUUUGGCAGUGUGGGGAGGGCUUCCGGCGGCUUGACCAUCUCUGCGACAUUCCCAUGAUGGGUUUUAUCAACAGCCUGAAGUUCUCCAGUGCUGGGGACUUCCUGGUAGCUGGAGUGGGGCAGGAGCACAGACUUGGCCGAUGGUGGCGAAUCAAAGAGGCUCGGAACUCUGUCUGCAUCAUCCCACUCCGAAGGGUCCCUGUGCCCCCGGCUGCUGGCUCCUGACACUCUCCCUCCUUAUUUAAGUCCUUCCCAGGCCAGGCUCCACCCUCUUUGUAUUAAAAGCCUUUUCUUUUGGGC